CACAAAAUGAUGAAAUUAGUGGUUCUUUCCUGCUUGGUGGCGUGCGCCAUGGCCUACGCUCCAAUUCUACCAUACAGCGCAUACCCAUACGCGUAUGGCGCUCCCUACGGAUACAAUGGUGCUUACGGCUUCGGGCCCCUCGCAUACAGCGGUGCUUAUCUGCAGCCUAGCAACUACCGUGGCCCUCUGUCCCUGGCUCCUGGCCAGCCCGCUGACACCCUUGGUGCUGACGGCAGGCCCCUGGACACAUUGGAAGUCAACUUGGACCGCUCCGCUCACUUGACCGCCAAGGCCCUCGACAGCGGUCUCCAUCUCUUGAAGAAGCGCUCCGUUGUGGCACCAGCAGUGGUGGCUCCCAUCGCCCCCAUCACCACCCCCCUGAUCACUCCCGCCACCCCCAUCACUUACGCCGCACCUGCAUACCCCGCAGCCCUCGCCUACAGCGCACCCCUCGCUGCGCCCUACAACUACCGCGGACCCCUGUCUCUGGCACCGGGACAGCCCGCCAACAUCCUCGCCGCUGACGGCAGGCCUCUCGACACUCUCGACGUCAACCUGGACCGCGCCGCGCAUUACACCGCCAAGGCCCUCGACAACGGAUUCCAUCUGCUGAAGAAGCGCUCCGUGCUCGCUCCAGUGAUCGCCGCCCCGCUGGCCCAUGUCGCUACCCCACUGAUCACGCCCGCUGUGCGUGUCGCCUACACCGCGCCCUACGCCGCUUCCUACAUCGCGCCUGUCGCCUACACCCGCACCGCCACACACGUCGCUCACGUCCUGUAAACUACAAAAUAGUUCUAAUAGCACAAAAGGAAAUAAAAUAAACGAAUUGAAAUAUUA